CAGCUUUGGCCGCGUCCUCCGCCACCCAGCGGUCAUCUCGCUCCAGGGACGACCCGAUUUUUGCUCUGUUCCGGAUAAGAUCCUUGGAAUCCUUCUCGUUUCUCGACCGUUGCAUGCGCUGCGAUUAGAUCAAUGUCUCUUCCCGUCCUCCCCUAUUAAUUGUUACUCCCUCAUCUGAAAAUUUUAGUCGCUCGAUCGAUUGUACAUGGUUGUGACUGACUAUGGGCUGCGCAUGCUGGACGGAAGCAGAGUGCAAGGCGGCGGCGGCGGCGGCUCACGCUCCCGCCGUGUUCAUGGCGAAGGAUUCGCAUGAGAUCGACGGGUGCGUGUGGAGCCCCGGGCCGGUCAUCGUCGGCGCCGGCCCGGCGGGGCUCGCCGUCGCUGCCUGCCUGAAGGAGAGAGGCAUCCCCAGCGUCGUCCUCGAGCGCGCCGGCUGCAUCGCCUCGCUGUGGCAGCUCAAGACCUACGACCGCCUGCGCCUCCACCUGCCGAAGCAGUUCUGCGAGCUGCCGCGGAUGCCCUUCCCGGCCGGCUUCCCCAAGUACCCCGACAGGCGGCAGUUCGUCAGCUACCUCGAGGCCUACGCCGGCGCCUUCGACGUGCGCCCGCGCUUCCACCAGACGGUCGUGGAGGCCCGGUACGACGCCGCGGUGGGGCUGUGGCGGGUGCGCACGUCGGAGGGGAGCAGAGAGUACUUCUCGCGGUGGCUGGUGGUGGCCACCGGGGAGAACGCCGAGGCCGUGGUGCCGGACUUGGAGGGCGCCGCGGGCUUCCGCGGCGCGGUGGCCCACACCAGCUCGUACAAGAGCGGCGACUCGUACAGGGGAAAGCGAGUGCUCGUCGUCGGCUGCGGAAACUCCGGCAUGGAAGUCUGUUUGGAUCUCUGCGACAACAAUGCGCUUCCCACCAUCGUCGUCCGAGACUCGGUCCAUAUCUUGCCGCGCGAAUUGCUCGGCUGCUCCACCUUCGGCCUGUCGAUGUGGCUGCUCCGGUGGCUGCCGAUUCAGGCCGUCGACCUCUUGCUGCUCCUGCUCGCUCGCCUCUUGCUCGGCGACACCGACAGAGUCGGCCUGACGCGUCCCCGCGUCGGGCCCCUCCAACUCAAAUUGCUCCACGGCAAGACGCCGGUGAUCGACGUCGGCACGCUCCGAAAAAUCAAGUCCGGCGACAUCAAGGUCCGGCCGGCUCUGAAGAGAUUAACGCAGCGCGGAGCAGAAUUCACGGACGGCCGAUCGGAGGAGUUCGACGCGGUGCUCUUCGCAACCGGCUACAAGAGCAACGUGCCUUGUUGGCUCAAGGAAGCCGAGGGAUUCUUCUCGAGCAAAGACGGACUGCCGACGAGGCCGUUCCCCCACGGCUGGAAAGGCGAGAGGGGGCUCUACGCCGUCGGCUUCACGAAGCGCGGCUUGAUGGGCGCCUCGCUCGACGCCAGGAGGAUCGCGCAAGACAUCGAACAAUGCUGGAAAGCUGAACUGCUGAAAGAGGUCAAAUCCUUCACGAUAUUCCCACCAAACCAAAAGCAGCAGUCCUCCAGUAAUUAAAUGAUAGACUAACUAAUUAACUAAUUGACUAAUUAAUUAAUUAAUUAAUCAAUCAGUAUCUAUCCACCCUCUCAAUUGACUUUGCACUACUACUGUGAAUACUGAAUUUCACUACGAACUAACUUGUACAUAAAAGCACCAUCUAGCUAGUUGAUGGGCUCAUUGAA